CCCUAAGCUUGGAGGGAUUUGCGGAACAUGUUGAGAGCGUACGGCAGUUGUAUUCAUCCAGAGGAGAAGAAUAUGAGGCAUAUAUUAUCUUAAGAUAAAAACAGAUCUUGAAAAUGCAAAAAUCCAUUGGAUUUAAUGAAAUUGGAAAAGCUGAGAUCGGCCCCGAAGGAGGUUCCAUUCAUUUCGAUGAUUGCUUCGUUACAAUUCCACCAGGAGCUUUGAACCAUCCUGUGCUCUUUAAACUGAAUCUUCAAACAGAUUUGACACAAUUUUGCCCGGAAGAUUUUGUCGGAAUAACUCCAGUUUUGAGUAGUAGCACACCUAUACAGUCCCAUCUUCCCAUGAUAAUUAGACUAAGAACUUGGUGUCGUACGAAACAAGAAAAUGUUAUCGCGUACGUCGCUUACAUGGAAGAUGAGGAUUCGGACAUAAAAAUACUUGCUCAAAAACAAUUGAGAGAAACGGGACAAUAUAUAAGUUUUGAAACCGAGCAUGUUUCAAGAUUGUUUGUUUAUAUAAAAACACUCUUCAUUGAAAAGGUUGAGUUUAAAGUUCAGCCAGAACUUUUCUUCAACAAAAAGGGUAAAUUCAGAUGCAUAUUCUCGCUUGAUGAUGAAACAACGAAGAAAGAAGUUUUUUCAGAAAUGAACAGAGCAGAAUACAGCCCAACACCGUUUAUAUUUAAUCUUUUAACAGUGAAAUGUGGGAACCAAAUUUCUAUUAAGAUCAGUGCAGAGUCAUAUGAAACAACACAAAACUACACUUUCAUUCCGGUAAAUAAGAAUGGAUUUUCAAUAAGUGAAGAUCUUUGGAAGGGAAAUAGAAAAGUCAUUGAAUUUCAGGUAUCUCCACUUCCGCAACCGCAGGAACUUCUUGAUAUUAAGUUUGAAUUGAAUCUAAAUGGAAAGACUGAGUGUUUGGAUUAUAACCUGUUAUGGCCUAAACUAGAUUUCAUUGAUGAGAUCGACUGAUCAAUGCUCAACUAAGAAAAUCCUGCCUGAUCUCUUUACAGAGGCAGUGAGGAACA